AUGCCUGUAUCACCAUCAGAUCAGACAAAGUAUCAGAAUCCUAGUUCUAAUCCCAAUAACAAGCAGCCAACAACCAAUUCAUCCGCUCAGCCCCCCACACACUUACCCCCAUCAAAACCAACCACGCCAUCAAAACCAUCAACACCAACCACACCAUCCACGUCAACUACACCAUCAAAACCCUUCAAAUUCAAGGGCUUUCAUAUCGCAGAAAGCGCUGAUAAAGAUAAGAUCAACAAACUUCAAGAAGAAAUAGGCGAGGUCACCUGGUGGCAAAAACCCAUAGUCAAACUUCUCAGUCUAACAGUCACCCGUGUCAUUGAAGUACUCAUUGAUUUGUUCAUCUUCUUCGUCGUUCUCAUUCCCGAGAAUUAUGAGUUCUUCCAUAUUCUCAAGGAAAGGUUCACCUACCACCAAACAAAAACCAAGGGAUACACUGCCCAUACACUCGCUGAAUCCUUCACUAUCUGGUGUCCAAUUAUUGAAGGCAUUGUCUGUGUUAUCCACACCAUUAUCUUUGUUGCCGAGUCCUUCCUAGGCAUUGAAAUCGAGCACGGUCUCCUUAUCGCUCUAUUAGCCUCUUUCUUCACCUGCUUACUUAUCUGUAUAGAUGUCGAAAUCAUUGACCGACAAAAGAGUAAGCAUCCACCACGUGCCAUCCUUUUCAUCGAAAUACUUGUUGCAGUCCUCAACAUUCUCACUAUCUUCUGCUACGUCACUACUGAAGAAAGAUUCCGUACUUUUCUUCUUCUAGCCACCGUCAUCACUCAGUAUCUCUGCCGAACUCUCACUCGACUCGUUGAAGACUCCCACAACGCCCUCCGCAAACACAACAACCGCCUCGAAGUCCGAAUCCUCAUCGGCGUCUCAAUAAUUCUACUAGCCCUACUAUUACAAAUCACCGCUCUUUAUUAUCAACUAGACUAA